UUAUCUACCGUCUCUAGUGAAUUCUGUACAUAUACGCGUUUAUAUGGACACACUUAAUCGAGACUGUCUGGCGCAAAUAUUUCUCAAUCUCGACUUUAUCGAACGAGUACGUCUGGAAAAUGUUUGCCGUAUGUUCUACUAUGUUCUGCAUGACAGCCUUAGCUUUCUUCCUACGGUAGUUGGUGUGAUUGAACGAUGCGGACGUUAUGUACAACAACUGAGUUUUGGACAACGAUGGUUACGUAUAUCGCAGCCGAUUAUCGAUUGUAUUGCAAACAAAUGCACUCGUCUCCGUGUUGUGGAUCUUGGAGCAGUGAUACUAAGCGCAGAUCUGAGUCCCUUAUUGGAAAAGAUUGCUCCACAACUAGAAGAAUUUUCGCUGGAAGAGACUAGUUGGAUAAACAAUCAAUAUGCAGCAAAGGUCCAAAACUAUUUCAAAGAUAUGAAAAGGUUGCGGAAGUUGAAUCUACGUUCUGCCUUAUUUCAACUAACGAAGCUUGCCGAUCUACCCAUGACUCUCAAGUUCAUCGAAAUCAGUGGAGCCCAUGCUUUUCCACCCGAGACUUUACUCGAAUUUUUGGAAGGACGGGAUGAACUCGAAGAAUUUCAUGCAUCACCGGUUCCUAUGCUUGAUGACGAUAUUAUCGAUGCUAUUGGCUCUCUGCCAAAUCUACGACAUCUUUCAUUGGGACAUAAUCAAAAUAGCGAAUUAAAUUUUGAAGGCUUGGCAUUUUUAACAAAAUUGGAGACGCUUCGUUUUAAUAAUCUCUUCGGUCUAACCGAAGCCUCUCUACAUGCAAUUCUUUCACGGGUUGAAAAUUUAGAAGAGAUCUCACUAAUUAAAUGCAAAAAUGUUCUGGGAUAUACUGCGCUCAAUUGCUGUACUCAAUUACAUUCUCUGGAGAUUCGAAACACUAUGAACCUCGCCAACGAAGACCUCCUCACUCUCUGUUCCUAUGGAAAUUUAAAACGUCUAAUUAUUGCAAAUUGUUUCAAUAUUACUACUAGAGGAGUGACUAUCGCUCUAACGCAUUGUCAACUGAAAGAGCUGACCAUCAACAAAUGUGGGCCUGUUACUGAUGAGAUGAUGUAUACAUUGGCUUCAACACAACGAGAACUCGAAACGAUCUCGAUCGCAGAGUGCACGUCGAUCACAAGUAAGGGAGUUUCUGCGUUGGCAUGGCUACGUAAUGUUCACCUACUGCGUGAAGUUGACGUAUCAAGAAAUCGAAAUGUGGAUGACACAGUUGUUCGAAAUCUACAUACAGCGCUAGUUACAUCAGCUAAACGUCGAUCCCCAGAGGAAGAUUUGACUUCAAAAACUAAGGAUGACGAUGAACCGAAAGCGAAUAAGAAACUGGUAAUGUACAUUUUCGAUACGAGUAUUACAAGAGACGUCCAAAAAGAAGUGAAAGAAUGGAUAACUCUGUGUUGA